GAUGACGUAAGAUUGGCGCGUCUGAGCAGGUCUGAACUGGGACUUGCUGUAGAUAAUAAACCUUCAUCGCUGCUCUGUUGACGCUGCAUGUCAGUGAUGUCUCAGCCUCCACACCCCGCGGUGCCCUCGGCUCCAGACUCUCCAGCUCUGGUGGUCUCCGCUAAUGUGCAGAAAUACGCCAUGAAGAAGAAGAAAGUGCUCAAUGCGGAAGAAAUGGAGCUGUUCGAGCUGACCCAAGCUGCUGGCAUCACCGUGGACCAGGAGGUCUUUAAGAUCAUAGUGGAUCUGUUGAAGAUGAACGUGGCUCCUCAAGCCGUUUUCCAGACUCUGAAGGCGAUGUGUGCAGGCCAGAGGGUAGCUGAAAGCUGCGGCUCGGAUUCUUCGACAGCCUCUCAGACGACAAGCACCACAGCACCCACAGAGGCAAAAGAGGAGGACUCUUUGGUUUCUGGGAAGAGCUCUAAACCUCCCGCGGCUCCCCCGUCGGCGUCGGGGCCCCGGGCCACGAGGGUCAACACUAAGAUUGUCGUCUACGGCCCCCAAGACACUAACUCCCCUCACUCUCAAGCGGUGCGCAGUAAAUCCGGAGCGACACACGGCGAGAAGAGCCGAGACGCGUCCGGCCAGCGCGUGCAGCGGCCGCCCAGCGCCACUCGAGGGCAGAAGACCAAAAGCUCAGGCAGCAGUAGUUCCUCCUCACAGAUAAACUCCACAUAAGACUCCCUUCCACGUGAGGGCAUUUGUAAAUAAGUGGGUUUUGUUUACAUUUAUUUCAUGUGUUCAGUGGAAAAUAUAGACAAGAAACUUUCGUUUUAAUUCCCGCUUGAGAUUGAUCCUGAUUGAUGUCAAUGGAGAUAAGUUACAUUGCUUGAAAUAUUUGUUUCCCGAAAACUUUUGAUUUCAAUCGAACUGUCAACAGUUGGAAAUCAACCUAGAAUUAUACCGCUGAUGUUUGUCGCGCAGUUAAAUAAAUCUGUAUUUUGUAGUGCGCAGUUUCCUCACCGGAAAAGUGUUUGUCAGAGCAAAUGAAAUUGAAAACGUAUUACCUGGUUUCAAUGACAAAAUUUCAACAAAUGAAACUAGAAACAAAAAUAUUUUUUACUGAGAGUUGAAAUGUUCUUUUUGAGUGUGUACAUUUAAAAAAAAAAAAAUCUUUAAUAAAUGCAAUAAU